UGGAGUUUUGGUCCAAUAAUUAGUACCUCUGUUUUGUCGGAAUUGAUUUGAAGGAACUUUAUGGCAAUACAGUCUUUCAUUUCAUUGUUACACUCUGCUAAAUUGAAUAAUUUUGAAUUUUAAUUGGGCUUAGAAGAAAUAUAAUGUUGGGUAUCGUUGGCAUAACAGUGGAACCUUAUUCCAUGAUUCCUGAUAAUAUCUCCCAGCAGAAGCAUGUAAAAGGAGAAAAGCAGAGACCCUAAAACUGAUCCCUGUGGCACUCCAUACUUCUGUUUGAUUUGACAAUUCCUUGUUUACGCAUACAAUGUGGUAGUGUUCUGGUAAAUAUGACCUAAACCAGUGUAAUCCAAGUCCACUAAUGCCAGCAUAAUUCUCCAGCCUAUUCAAGAGAAUGUUGUGAUCUAUCGUGUCGAAGGCAUCACUAAGAUCUAAAAUUAAAAGAAGAGAAAUUCAGCCUUGUUCAGAUGAUAAGUGGAAGUAAUUAGUAACUCUAAUAAGUGCAGUCUCUGUACUGUGAUGGGGCCUAAAUCCGGACUGAAAUUGUUGAUAUAUACAAUUUCUCUGUAUAAAUGAACAUAGUUGGGAGGACACUACCUUUUCUAGUAUUUUUUUGCAUAAAUGGUACAUUUGAAAUUGGUUUAUAAUUAGUCAAUUCUUCAGGAUCAAGCUGCCGGUUAUAUGGUAUAUCAUAAAGGUGUCGCAUUUAUUACACUCCCCGUGGAAACAAGUGAAAGCGGAACUAAUAUUACAAACAUCCAUCUAAAUGAAAAGGAAGGAACAUGCAUAUAAUGAAUCUAAAUCAAAUAUUCAAUCAACCAACAUUAUUUUUGACAGCAACAACUAUGGUUGGAGACAGGGAUACAGAAGGAAACAGGGAAAUUUAGUUAACAGUGACAUUGAGCAGAAUGUUUACGUAUAACAAGUUUUGACAGCAGCUGAUAAUUAGUUAAAUGACCAGCAUCGAUUGAUGAGAUGAAAAUUGGAGAUCUGUGUCAGAUUUAAAAAUCCUGAUGGGAGCAUCCCUAAUAUUCAAGUUGACUGUUUCAAAAACUAAUGUUGAUGAUUAGUGGGCUGAGUGAUUUCCUGUCACAAAAUGGACAAAAACAGGUACACAGUGGAUGGUAACAUUUGGAUAGGAAGAAAACUUUGUUUCACUGUUUAUAUAUUUAUUUGUUUGUGGUUGAACUGAAAAAAGGUCUCAGUUUGGUUCUUUUUAAGAUGGCUCAAAGAGGGCGCAAACCCAGCAGCCUUUUUGCAGUAGAACAUGUGGGAAACAUUACCAUCAUAAUCACAGUUCAAAUCGCAAUCGCAAUAUUUCGGAAAUAAUCGCAAUAUGACUUUUUGUCCAAAUCGUGCAGCCCUAACAACUGCCAUUUUAAAGUUUCUUGGGACAUGUCCUACAGAUAGUAAGGAGUUAAUAUUAAGAAGAGGUUCUGAGAUUACUGGGAAUACCUCUUAAGAGUUUAGUUGGUAUUGGAUCUAACAUGCAUGCUGUGGCUUUUGCUUUUUUUUUUUUUUUUUGUUAACUCUUCAUGACUUAUGACAGAGAAGGAUUGAAGUUGCUCGUGAAGAAAAUUGUUUUGAGACACUGUUUUCUAAGGUGCUGUGACAGUUGAUUGCAUAGUUCCAGUUUUAUUUCUGUAUAUUUAAAAUUGAUCAGUAAAGAAAUUCAUGAAGUCAGUACUAUUGUGCUGUGACAGAAUAUCUGGUUCAGUCGAUGCUUUAUUACUAACAAUGUCACAACAGUACUGAAUAAACACCUAGGAUUUUUGUGGUUAUUUUCUAUGUUUUCGAGUUUGCUAAAAUAUGCUGACCUGGCAGCUAUUAAUGCCUGUCUGUAGCUAAAGACACCAUCCUUCCAUGCACUGUGAAAUAAUUAUAAUUUUGUAUUCUUCUGCUUGUGCUCCAUUUUCUCAGCUGCUCUCUUGAGAGCAUGAGUGUGAUCAUUGUACCAUGGUGCAGGCUUUAAUUGAAGGGGGGCGACACUAUAGAGAGUGCUAGAGAAGACGGUAUUUAUGUUUUCUGUAAUUAUAUCGUUCUCAAUUUAAUGGUUUACUGAGUAUUAGACCGUACUGGAAGAUUAUUAGUGAAGCUCUAGAGGUGGUCUAGAGAAUAGUUCUACCUGAACGAUAACAUGGUGUAGAUUGAGUGACAUUAACUGAUUGCAGCAAACCAGUGACUAGUUAAUGAUCUGAGACGUCAUGCAGAUUUGAAAGGACCAAUCUAACACCCACUCUGACCUUCACUUCACACAAACAUCAACACCUUCUGAAACCCCCCUCCUGCAACUCAACCUGCACUUAUGAUCUGUGAAGAUGAUGUGUGCCGGGUUUUUCGGAAACGAAAGACAAGGAAGGCUUCAGGCCCAGAUGGCUUCCCACCAGUGUGUCUUCGAUCCUGUGCUUACCAACUGGCCCCCAUCUUCACACACAUCUUCAAUAGAUCACUGGAGCAGUGUGAAGUCCCUUGCUGCUUCAAAUGCUCAUUAUUAUCCCUGUCCCAAAGAAAGCAAAAAUCUCUGAAGACUGUGGUCAUGAAGUAAUUUGAGAGAAUGGUGUUGGCCUACCUGAAGAACAGCACAGGACCCUUUCUAGAUCCCCUUCAAUUUGCUUCUCAGACAAACAGGUCUGUAGAUGAUGUAGUCAACAUGGGAUUGCAUCAUGUCCUGCAACAUCUGGACAGACCAGCGACAUAUGCAAGGAUCUUUUGUGGACUUUUGUGGACUUUAGUUCGGCUUUUAACACCAUCAUCCCAGCUAUACUCCAGAAUAAAUUACACCAGCCUACUGACAGACAUGCAGCAGAUUGUGAGACGGGAAAUUCACUUCCGGCACCUGUUCAAUCAGCACUGGUGCCCCCAAGGGAUGUGUGCUCUCCCCACUACUCCUCUCCCUCUACACCUGCAUAGCCAAGGAUCCCUUUGUCAAGCUCCUGAAGGUUGCAGAUGACUUCACUGUCAUUGGCCUCAUCUGAAAUGACGAUGAGUCUGCAUACAGAAGGGAGGCUGAACGGCUGGCAGUCUGAUGUUCAUCAUGAGAGAGCAGGUGGAUGUGAUUCAUGCUGGAGAACAGCAGAUGCUGCAGAAACCAGUGAAGAUUGAAGUGAAGCAGGAGGAGAUUAAAGAAGAAAACGCAACAGAAGAACAACAGGGAGAUGAAGAUGAUGAUGAACAGCAGAUGCUGCAGACACCAGUGAAGAUUGAAGUGAAGCAGGAGGAGAUAAAAGAAGAAAACACAGCAGAAGAACAACAGAGUGAUGAAAAUUAUGAAGAAACCACAGCAGAGGAACAACAGAGUGAUGAAGAUGAUGAUUUUAUUCCUGCUGAGCUGAUGGAAGUGAGAGAGGAAUGUGAAGAGCGGAAUGAAGUGGAGGACGAACAGCUUAAUUUUAUAAAUGGAGAAAAUUCUUUGAGUGGCUCAAACACUGAAAACAAUUUCUUUCCAAAAAAUCCCAGAAGAGCUGCCAAGAAAUCUUUCACCUGCUCUCAGUGUGGAAAGAGUUUCAAAAGUAAAAGCCAUCUUAAUAGACACAUGAGAAUUCAUUCUGGAGAGAAACCUUUCACCUGCUCUCAGUGUGGGAAAAGUUUCACAUGUAAAAGCGAUCUUAAUAGACACAUGAGAAUUCAUACUGGAGAGAAACCUUACACAUGCCAUCAGUGUGGAAAGAGUUUUGCAUAUGCAGACCAUCUCAAAAGUCAUCUCUUUUGUCACUCUGGAGAAAAGUCAUUUGAAUGUGAUAAGUGUGAUAAAACAUUUGUUCUGGCACAGUCCCUAAAACAACAUCUGAAAACUCACACAAAUGAGAAGCCUUACAAGUGUUCUUUUUGUGAAAAUAGUUUUGCUCACAUGUCCUAUUUGAAACGGCACCAGAAAAUUCAUACCAGUGUGGGGGUUCAUAUGUGCUUUGAAUGUGGGAAGAUUUUUAUUACUGCCAGCAGCUUGAAACAGCACCAAAUAAUUCAUACUGGAGAGAAACCUUACAAGUGCUCACACUGUGAAAAGAGUUUCACUCGGUCAAUAAACCUGAAAAGACAUGAGAGAUUUCAUUCUGGAGAGAAACCAUACAAGUGCUCACACUGUGAAAAGAGUUUCACUCAGUCACAACAUCUGAAAACACAUGAGAGAUUUCAUAUUGGAGAAAACCCUUACAAGUGCUCACACUGUGAAAAGAGUUUCACUCAGUCACAUCACCUGAAAACACAUGAGAGAUUUCAUACUGAAGAAAAACCUUACAAGUGCUCACACUGCGGAAAGAGUUUCACUCGGCCAGUAAACCUGAAAAGACAUGAGAGAUUUCAUACUGGAGAGAAACCAUACAAGUGCACACACUGUGAAAAGAGUUUCACUCAGUCACAUCACCUGAAAACACACAAGAGAUUUCAUACUGGAGAGAAACCAUACAAGUGCUCACACUGUGAAAAGAGUUUCACUCAGUCAGUAAACCUGAAAAGACAUGAGAGAAUCCAUACAGGAGAGAAACCUUACAAGUGCUCGCACUGUGAAAAGAGUUUCACUCAGUCAGAAUCCCUGAAAAGACAUGAGAGAAACCAUUUAAGUGCUCACACUGUGGAAAGAGUUUCACUCAGUCAGUAAACCUGAAAAGACAUGAGAGAAACCAUACAAUUGAUCACACUGUGGAAACCGAUUCACUCAGUAAAAAUCCCUGGAAACACAUGAGAGAAUCCAUACUGGAGAGAAACCUUACCACUGCUCUUCAUGCAAUUUCUUCAUCUCAUUAAAAAAAAAUUGCCCAGUUAGUCACAUUUAGUGGUCGAUCGAUAUGGAUUUUUCAGUGGGACUACCAUUUGUGUAUAUCAGAAGAAAUGGAGAUUCAUCAGACCAGACUGUGUUUUUCCUGUCUUUAACUGUCCAGUUUUGAUGAUUCUGUGUCCACUGCAGUCUCUGCUUUCUGUUCUUGUCUGACAGAAGUAGAACCUGACGUGGUCUUCUGUUGUUUUAGCCCAUUCGCCUCACCUCUCUCAUCAACGUGUUCCCAUUCACAGAAAUGCCACUCACUGGAUAUUGCAACACUUGCAACACUUGCCUCUGUGAUCACAAAUAGAUCUACAAAUUGACCAGAUAGUGUAAAAUCUGAAAGCAUUUUAAUGAAAAUUAGGUUAUUAAUAUUUUUUUAUAUACAUAAUAUAAAAAAAUAUAUUUUUCCUCCCUCAUGUGGUACCCUUCCUGCAGGCUCAUCCUGACAUGACCCCCCCCUCCAGCAUGACAAUGCCACCAGCCAUACUGCUCGUUCUGUGCAUGAUUUCCUGCUAGAUGGGAAUGUCAGUGUUCUGCCAUGGCCAGUGAAGAGCCCGGAUCUCAAUCCCAUUGUGCACAUCUGGGACCUGUUGGAUCUGAGGGUGAGGGCUAGGGCCAUUCCCCCCAAAAAUGUCCGGGAAUGUGCAAGUGCCUUGGUGGAAGAGUGGGGUAACAACUUACAGCAAGAACUGGCAAAUCUAGUGUAGUACACGAGGAGGAGAUGCACAACAGUACUUAAUGCAGCUGGUGGCCACACCAAAUACUGACUGUUACUUUUGAUACCCCCCCCUUUCUGUAAAUAAAAUCAGUUGAAAGUGACAGGAUAUUUCUUUUUUUUUUUUUUUUUUGCUGAGUUUAUCUUCCUCUGAAGCAUGCAUUCUAUCAGCCAGAAUCAAAACUUCAGGAUCAAAGUUCUUCUGAUUCAUGAUGGUCAGUCCGUGAAAUUCCAAGCAGGUGAUCCAGGCCGUUUAAACUGUCAGGAGAUUGCUGCUCGUGGUGGACCCAACUUAAAAUUGAAAGCGAUUCACGUGUGCUAUAAGAAAAUAUCAUAUUCAAUAUGCACUGUAUGUACAAUUGGUUUGAUCCAGUAUUUUUGAGUAAAUGUGAUUUGCUAAUGUGGACAUUGUGUGUACUGUUAUUUCCAUCUUCCUAAUAUAUACAUUUUUUUCAUGUGCAAAUAAAUUACAAAAAUUGGAUGGCUAAACAGAAAUAAGAAAAAACUGCUAUCUACCAUUUAAGAUGCAAUAUUUAUUUAGAUUUGUUUUUACAAAGUUAAAGUUUAGUGUGAAAUUGAGUAAAUAUAGUCCUAAGUAAUAAGAGAAUUAAGAAUUGUUUGUAGCAAUUUUAUGUUUGUUAUUUAUUAUAUUAAAUUGUGUGAUAUACCAGCAUUGUAUUGGCCACCCUUCUCUCUGGAUGUCGGCAUCAGCCAUUCAAAAUCCCAUAUUGGUCGACCACUGUCAUAAGUAAAUGGCAAUAUAACUUUUUCAAGCCUUAUUAAUAAAAAGUGUUGUUGCAGCCCUAGCUCACUGGCUGCAGCUGUUUUGUUCUUCCUCCUCCGUUUAUGGGUCAUAGGGGGAUUGGGCUUGUUGAGGGAGGGAUGAUGGUGUGGUCCCCCUGAGGAAACUCCUUUUGGGAUGAGAGUGCUGAUUUCCUGCACUCGGAGAUGGUCAGCAAAAGCCCAUCUGCCCCAGUUUAUCCAUCUCCCCAUGACUGAGAGGUUGAUCGAGGCAGAUGUUAUAAACCUCUUUCAGAUCAGUCUCAUCCUAGUCCAGCUCCUCCACUGCAAUCAAAAACUCACAUACAAUGUCCCUCACGUCAGUUACCCUCUGAUGGACAUUGCAAAGUUGGACGAGCUGAAUCAUGCACUGAUGUAAACACAAUAUAAACAGCCGUUAAUGAUUGAUGAUACAAUAUAUUGAUGGUAACCAGGUUGUGCUUUUAGUUGAGACAUGCUCUAUGACAUAGAAAUCCACCUGAAUGAGUUCAAAAUAAUAAAUUUGCUCAAGUUUAUGUAAGCAUACUUGUUAGUUUUUUUAUUUCUGUUUUAGGGAUUUACAGAUAAAGUUGAUC